GUUUCCAUAACUCUAUUUACUGGAACAAAAGAGAACAAAAGAAGAAUGGGAGAUGGACAACAUUCUACUUCUCGUGUUCGGCUUCAACAAGAUCCCAUGGAGGGUAAGAUUGAAAAAUUGCCCUGCGAGUUGCUUGUGGCCAUUCUUUCAUAUUUAUCUGUAAAGGAAGCAGCAAAAACUUGUCUUGUCUCUCGUAAUUGGAGAUAUUUAUGGCAGUAUACAUCUGGCUGUCUUGAGAUUUAUGAUAGGGAUAGAAGCACUACAGAUCCAGAUGUACAAUACAAGUUUGUGAAGUUGGUGAAUCAAGUUUUGAAAUUGCACCAGGGUUCAACUUUAGAUCAAUUACGCAUUGGUUUUUGCUUCAGGGGUAGUAUUUUCACAUUUGAUCACUGGGUUAAAUUUGCCAUUCAAAAGGAAGUAAAAGUAUUUGAAUUGGACUUAGCCGCUGGCUGGCAACUUUUUGUUGGAUUUCGCUAUUAUUAUUUUCCUGACAUUAACACAUUGUCUUCUGGAGACAAGUUUUCCAGAUUUUGUAGUAAUCUGAAAUCACUUAGACUUGUCAAUAUAGGUGUGAAGGAUGAGACCAUUCGUUAUUUUCUAACCAAUUGUCCAUGCCUGGAGCAGGUCUGCGUUUCAUUUUCCAAAUGUUUACAGAGUUUGAGAGUUCCUGGUCCAUUUCCGAGUUUGAAGUCGAUGGAAAUAUCAUUGUGUAACAAUGUCAAGGGAAUAGAAGUUAAUGCUUCAAAUCUAGAGUCUUUUACAUACAUUGGACCUGAUAUACUUGUGCCUUUUCAGAAUGUUCCCCAGUUAUCUGAGCUAACACUCGGAGAUUGUUAUUGUUAUUCUUUUAUUUUCAAAGCUGACGAGCACACAAGCUAUUCCUCUAAGCUGAGAAAACUUAAGCUAAUAUUGCCUCCUCAGGCUGUGGGGAAAAGUACGAUCACAUCAACUUACCCCGAUAACUUCCCUAGACUGGACAAUCUAAGGGAGUUGGAGUUGGACAUUAAGUUAGGAGCUGGUGAAAGCUUAGUCUUCUUCACUUUUUUUACCAAGGCAUGUCCUUUGCUGUCUAGAUUCACAGCCCGGAUAGGAUACAAGUUUGUCUCAAAUGAGAGUAUCGCUAAUCAGUGUCAUCGUGAAAGUUCAGCUCGAUUGUGUACUCGUUUCGUCCACAAACAUCUUAAAGAGGUGAAGUUAAUUGGUUUUACAGGAGGUAGAAGUGAUUAUAAACUUGCGUUGCAUUUGCUCGAAAUUGGAAGAUGCUCUCUUAACAACAUCAUCCUUCAGCCUACCUUUUACUACUACAAGGGUAAGAGUUUGGCAUUAUUCCAUAAGCAGAGCAAGCGGCUUGAAAGGAAGUUGCCACCAAGGGUUAAACUCAUUUUAAUUCCAUCAUCAUCUUGACUUACUUUUUUCAAGAAUUUAUUAAAUUCUUGCUGUGAACUUGGGAUAGAUCUCUGUUUA